AGUUCCGGUGUUUUGGUGUCGCGGCGGCUCCUUCCCGGAGUCUGUCCCGUAUCCCGGCGGUGCUUGUGGCUCCUGCCUCGCGAGCCGGCUAUGGGGGAGGCAGAGAAGUUCCACUACAUCUACAGCUGCGACCUGGACAUCAACGUGCAGCUGAAGAUAGGAAGCUUGGAAGGGAAGAGAGAACAAAAGAGCUACAAAGCUGUCCUAGAAGAUCCGAUGUUAAAAUUUUCCGGGCUGUACCAGGAGACAUGCUCUGACCUCUAUGUGACCUGUCAAGUUUUUGCUGAAGGGAAGCCUCUAGCCUUACCAGUCAGAACAUCCUACAAGGCAUUUAGUACAAGAUGGAAUUGGAAUGAAUGGCUAAAACUCCCCGUGAAAUACCCUGACCUGCCCAGGAAUGCCCAAGUGGCCUUGACUAUAUGGGAUGUGUAUGGACCAGGAAAAGCCGUGCCGGUGGGAGGAACAACUGUAUCACUCUUUGGAAAAUAUGGCAUGUUUCGCCAAGGAAUGCAUGACUUGAAAGUCUGGCCUAACGUGGAGGCAGAUGGCUCAGAACCCACAAGAACUCCUGGCAGGACAAGCAGCACACUCUCAGAAGACCAGAUGAGCCGCCUCGCCAAGCUUACCAAGGCUCAUCGGCAAGGACACAUGGUCAAAGUGGAUUGGCUGGACAGAUUAACGUUUAGAGAGAUAGAAAUGAUAAACGAGAGCGAGAAACGAAGCUCCAACUUCAUGUACUUGAUGGUUGAGUUCCGCUGUGUCAAGUGCGAUGAUAAGGAGUAUGGUAUUGUGUACUAUGAAAAGGAUGGUGAUGAGUCAUCUCCAAUUUUAACAAGUUUUGAGUUAGUGAAAGUUCCUGAUCCUCAAAUGUCUAUGGAGAAUUUAGUGGAAAGCAAACACCACAAGCUUGCUCGGAGUUUAAGAAGUGGACCGUCUGACCACGACCUCAAACCCAAUGCUGCCACAAGAGACCAGCUAAAUAUUAUUGUGAGUUAUCCACCAACCAAGCAGCUCACAUAUGAAGAACAAGAUCUUGUCUGGAAGUUUAGAUAUUAUCUUACCAAUCAAGAAAAAGCUUUGACAAAGUUCUUGAAGUGUGUUAAUUGGGACCUGCCCCAGGAGGCCAAGCAGGCCCUGGAGCUUCUGGGAAAAUGGAAGCCUAUGGACGUGGAGGACUCCUUGGAGCUGCUUUCCUCACAUUAUACCAACCCAACCGUGAGGCGGUACGCGGUGGCCCGCUUGCGGCAGGCCGACGAUGAGGAUUUGCUGAUGUACUUACUGCAGCUGGUCCAGGCUCUGAAGUAUGAAAACUUUGAUGACAUAAAGAACGGUUUGGAACCUACCAAGAAGGACAGUCAGGCUUCAGUGUCAGAAAGUCUGUCAACUUCUGGAACCAGUUCGGCAGAAAUAGAUAGCUCCCAGAUUCUAACCAACCCUCUUCCUCCGGUGUCCUCCCCUCCUCCUGCAUCUAAAUCAAAAGAAGUUUCAGAUGGGGAAAAUCUAGAGCAAGAUCUGUGUACCUUCCUGAUAUCAAGAGCCUGUAAGAACUCAACGCUGGCUAAUUAUUUGUACUGGUACGUGAUCGUGGAGUGUGAGGAUCAGGACACACAACAAAGAGACCCGAAGACUCAUGAGAUGUACCUGAGCGUCAUGAGGAGAUUCAGCCAAGCCUUGCUCAAGGGUGACAAGUCAGUCAGAGUCAUGCGCUCCCUGCUGGCGGCACAGCAGACCUUUGUGGACCGGCUGGUGCAUCUGAUGAAGGCUGUUCAGCGGGAGAGCGGAAACCGCAAGAAAAAGAACGAGAGGCUUCAAGCAUUGCUUGGAGAUAAUGAAAAAAUGAACUUGUCAGACGUGGAGCUGAUCCCAUUGCCAUUAGAGCCACAGGUGAAAAUCAGAGGGAUCAUACCAGAGACAGCCACACUGUUUAAGAGUGCUCUUAUGCCUGCACAGCUGUUCUUCAAGACAGAAGACGGAGGCAAAUACCCAGUUAUUUUCAAGCACGGAGAUGACUUGCGUCAAGAUCAGCUGAUUCUUCAGAUCAUCUCUCUCAUGGACAAGCUGCUACGGAAAGAAAAUCUGGAUUUGAAAUUGACGCCUUACAAGGUAUUAGCCACCAGUACAAAGCAUGGCUUCAUGCAGUUCAUCCAGUCAGUUCCUGUUGCUGAAGUCCUUGACACGGAGGGAAGCAUACAGAACUUUUUCAGGAAACAUGCCCCAAGUGAGACUGGACCCUAUGGCAUCAGUGCUGAAGUCAUGGACACGUACGUCAAAAGCUGCGCUGGCUACUGUGUGAUUACGUACAUUCUUGGAGUUGGAGACCGGCACCUGGAUAACCUUCUGUUAACAAAAACAGGCAAACUCUUCCACAUAGAUUUUGGGUAUAUCUUGGGCCGAGAUCCAAAGCCCCUCCCUCCUCCAAUGAAGCUGAAUAAAGAGAUGGUGGAAGGGAUGGGCGGCACACAGAGCGAGCAGUACCAGGAGUUCCGAAAGCAGUGCUACACGGCCUUUCUCCACCUGCGAAGGUAUUCAAAUCUGAUUUUGAACUUGUUCUCCUUGAUGGUUGAUGCAAACAUUCCAGAUAUUGCUCUUGAACCAGAUAAAACUGUAAAAAAGGUCCAGGAUAAGUUCCGUUUGGACCUGUCAGAUGAGGAGGCUGUACACUACAUGCAGAGUCUGAUUGACGAGAGUGUCCAUGCACUGUUUGCUGCGGUGGUGGAGCAGAUCCACAAGUUUGCUCAGUACUGGAGAAAAUGAAAGUGGAUUGGGCUCAUCCUGAUAUCUGGCUCAGUAAGAAAACCCACGAGAAGCCACUGCUGUAGACGCUGAAGACAUCAGCGAAAUGGACAAGAAAGAGAGGCGUCCAGAAGUUACACUGUGGCAAAGUAAACCUUGGCAUAGAGGGUUUGUUUAAAGUGACUGUGUACAGAGCAGCAGGGCACCAUAGCUCACAUCUGUAAUUCCAGAACUCCGGAGGCUGAGGCAGGAAGAUUUGCCGCAAAUUUGAAGCCAUCCUCAGUUCCAUAACAAAUUCUGGGCCUGCCAAAAAUCAUUGUAUGUAUUUGUCUUAUAAUGUAUAAAGAUAAAAAGAGAAUUAUGUAUGUUUUUAAAAUUACAGGAAAUUCUGUUAUGAAACAGUAAAGCCUCUGGAUCUUAAAUGCCCUGUUUUCUUUUUCCAUAUGCAUAUUGAUUUGUUUUUCAAUUUUGAAGAUUUUUUUCUCCUCUCUUCCUCUCUCUUUCAUUCUCUUCCUCCCUGCCCCUAUUUUUGUUCAUUGGUUUCUGUGUAAUUUACAUAAUUUGCUUUUACAGUUUCUCCAGGUUGUAUACUCAUAGUACAUUCUUUUUACAGUUGAAUAAUUGCUUUUUUAGAAAGCUUUUAGUAGUGAGAAGCGGGGCUCGGCAGUCUGCAGCGUUGGCCCAGCCCUGACCCUGUGCUCUGUGUCCUGUCUUCCAUAGGCAGCACUGAGCAUCUCUGUAGGAGGUGGUGGAGGUGGGUGCGGCAGCUCAACGGGAGCAGGUAGGGGUCAGUUGCUUCUGCCUGUAGACAGGGCGGUACAUGGUCCAGAGAGUAGGAUAAGGGCUAAGAAGAGCAGUGAAGAGAAAACCAGUACUUAAAGAAAGGGUUAUUUCUCUUAGAACUGCCAAUAUUGAGGUUUUGUUUUAUAAACUACAGUUCACAGCUCUCCUGAGUUGCAUGUAUGUAAAAUGGAAGGUGAAAGUGUGAUGUGACUGUAGAUACUGUCACCCAACAUGAGGUCCCAUCCCACUCAUGUGACACGGUAUAUAUUAUCUUUCUGCAGUAAAUUGUAAGAGGGUUUUACGUGUAUUUGUGUAUACCUAGAGGUGGGGGCAGCAUGCCACGCGACUCGUGCGGCGGUUAGAGGACAGCUGGGAGGGGGUAGAGUCUCAUCUGCCACCUCAUGUAUUCCAGGCACCAAGCUCAGGUGGCAAGACUUGGUGGCACCCACAUUUCUUUACUCAGCGAGCCAUUUCUCUGGCCCAAUAAAUUAUUUUUCUAUGCAAA